ACGACAACACCCGGUCCAUCCGCAAAAAAACGCAAUACCAACGACACCACAACAUCCCAGGACCAUCUUCAAAACCCUACCACCACAACAGCAUCCGCCUCGCCCACCGCCACCAUGCCAACCCCCCUCCUCCACCGCAAAUUAGACACCCUGUACUCCAUCUUCUUCGUCAUUCACCUCCCCAUAAUGCUCUGCUUCGACCUAACCCCACUGUACCCAUCUUCCGUCCUCCCCACGCCCCUCCUAGCCCUGCGCACCUGGUACACCACCACCUACGGCGACCGAUUCUUCUCCGGUUCCCCACCAGUCUGGUUCCCGGUUUUCACCUGGCUUGAGCUUUUGUUCCACCUGCCGCUUACGCUGUGGGCGAUACCGGCGUUGGUGAGAGAGGAUCCGAGGGUGCCGCUUGCGUUGUUGGUGUUUGGCAUGGAGACGACGUUGACGACGGUGGUGUGUAUGAGGGGUUUGGGCGGCAUGUAUGGGGGGUAUCUUGCGCUUGGUGUGUUUAUGACGCUGGAUUGCUAUGCAAGGUUGGAUCGCUUGAUUGCGAAGCAGUAUCGCUUGGAGCCGGUUUCAAAGAAGAAUAUCUAA